GAAAGCUUGUCUCGCACACAAAAUCCCGACUGGGUUUUUAUUCCCUUUACCACUCGCUUAGCUGUCACACUCCUGCUUCCAAAAACCCUAAGCCCGCCAUCCGUCCUCCAAAAACCCUAGGGUGGCGUCCCCUUUUACGGCGGAGAUGGGAUUGACAGAGCGAACGCUAGGAGAUCGACGAGAAUCUAGAACCUAGAUGCGAGAGCUCGUUCGUACGGUACGGUCCCUUGCACGCUAGAUUUCCUCCCGACCAACCCCAGGCGAUGGAGAGCGACACCGUGGCGCCGGCGGCCGGUGGCGGCGGUGAUCCCGUUGAGACCCCGGAGGGCGGGGCUCUCGAGAUCGUGGCGGAGGACGGAACGACGGUGAGGUCGCCGUGGAGAGUGCCGGCGGCGCCGCCUGCGGGGGCGGCGAAGGGUAAGAGCGACGAUGGCCCGGUGAUGGGGCCGGAGUCGUGGCCGGCGCUCACGGACGCCAGGGCGAAGGGUGGCUCUAAUGCUGCUUGUACGAUGCCGGCUCUGCCAGCUGUGCUGCCGCCGGCGUCGGCGGCUGCUGCGACCGCCGCGGGGCAUGUGGGCCCGGUUCCGAGAAACGGGCCACCACCGCCACCGCCUCUUCCGUUUCAGGGAUCAAUUGGAAUGCGCAAAUCUGAGGGAUUUGGAAGCAGUAAUCCUUCCAAUAGACAUCAUCCGCUGCACCCUCAUAAACAUGGUCCAAAGCGUAAUGCUCCUUCAAAUGGCGUGCCACCAUUUCCUGUACCCCUGCCAUACCACCAACAACCAGGUCAACCGAUGUUAUACCCUGUUUUACCACCUCCACCUCUGAUGUUUCCUCAGUAUGCCUAUCAGCCUGGCCCUGCACCAUAUCCUAAUGGUGAACCACAUAUUGUAAAGUCUGGAUGUGAAACUCCCUUGCCGGCCUUUAUUCCAACUGGUCAUGCUGGAGGAAAUGAUGGUAAUAGGAAUUUCCAUCCACCAACCCGAGGAGAUCCAAAUGCUUGGCGCCCCAAUGCCAGCAGUUUCGGCAGCAGACCACCUAAUGGUCAUGAACCUGGUAGCCAUUUCAACCAGACAUGGUGCAAUCAACGGGCUUUGAAUCCAAGAGAUAACAUAAAUAUGCCACAUCGUAUUGGUACCAGGACUUUCAUCAGGCCAGUUCCCCAAUUUUGUGGUCCAGCUCCACGGUUCAUCAAUGGACCUGGUUAUCCUGGUCCUGCUCCUCCCAUGUAUUAUGUUUCUGCUGCUCCUCUGGAAAUGAUGAGGGGUCCUCCUCAUUUUGUUUCACAUCCUCCUCGUCCUCCAUAUCCUAUUCUGACACCAGAGGCACUAGCCUUGAGGGCUAGGAUAGUAAAACAAAUCGAGUACUAUUUCAGUGAUGAGAAUUUGCAGAAGGACCCGUACUUGAUAUCAUUACUGGACGAACAGGGAUGGGUUUCUAUAUCUAAAAUUGCAGAUUUUAAUAGGGUUAAAAAAAUGACAACAAACAUAUCCUUGAUUCUGGAUGCUUUGCAGAGCUCAGAGUUGAUAGAAGUUCAGGAUGACAAGAUAAGAAGGAGAAAUGACUGGUCAAAGUGGAUUCCAGCAUCAGCUCAGCAGGCAGUUUCAACAAAAUCUCAGUCUACGGAAGGCCAAUCUCCUGUCGGCAUGGAAAAAAAUGACACUAGUGGAAGUAAUAAUUGUGGCAUCUUUCAUGAGAGCAAUGCUGGCCAAACUACAUGUAAAGAUAGUGACGAGUGUUUGCCCACAUCAAAUGAUUAUUCUAAAGCAGAAGUUAAGAAUAGUACAGAAUGUAACAUGGGGAAGGUGUCAAGUGUUGGUAAAUCACUAGCAUGCAAUGGAGAUAGCGAAGAAAAGAGCAAAGAAUUAGCAUCUGGACCAUUUUUGGAAACUAAACAAGGAGAGCCUUGUGGUGACUGUAGCUGUCUGUUAGACAACGAUUCUGUCAGGAGCAUUUCCGAUGUUAAGCAUGGCAGCAUUGAUAUUUCUGUUAGAUCUGAAGGUUUACAGGAAAAAACCUAUCCUUCCAGUAGUGGCACUGAUCCUUCCAGUAGUUGCAAUCCCGAACUUCAGGAAGUAAACACAAGGUCAAAUAUGAGACCUGGCACCCCAAGUCUAGGAGGUUCCUUAAAUGGUUUUGUGAAUAAUGAGUCUCCUAGCUUUGCUGGGGAGCAAAACACAUUCAUGCUUGAUGAAGAGCUGGAAUUAGAGCAGUCAACAAGCCAAAAAGACCAUCCAUCAUCAAACAAAAGUAUUUUGAACAGGACUGAUGACGAGGAGGAUGAGAUUGAUGUUAACGACCAAGUUGUGCAUAAACUUAUAAUUGUUACCCAGGAUAUCAGGAUAGACAACGAUGAAAGAGCUGGCUCAAGGGAAUCAGACCCUAUCUCGAAUGAUCUUGCAACUGCCAUCAAUGAUGGACUUUAUUUUUAUGAACAGCAGGAGUUGCAAGCCAAACAGUCUAAUAAUCGAAGAAAUAAUUAUGGGAUGGAGAUGAAAGAUGUAGAUUUUAAACCUUCCAGCCUUGGAAAUUCAUCUUUGAAUUCAAAGGCGAAUGCAAACAUUGCUGGGAAUAAUGGUCCGGAAGAGGCUGGACAUGUCAAUUCUCGAAGACGGCAAAAUAAAGUCACUAGCAAGUCACAUUCCUCACAUAAACAGCGGUUGUUUCCUGGUAAUUUUAGGAGUCAUGGCAAUGGCCGUAACCGCCAUGGAAUUGUUUCAGAAAGCCCACCAAGCAAUUCAGUUGGGUUUUUCUUUGGGUCAACACCACCUGAAAAUUAUGGCCUGAUGUUGUCAAAAUUGAGUGGGUCUCAUGGUAUUCUUUCUGGAAGCAGCCCACCUGUAGGAUCAAUGCCAAAAUCUUUCCCACCUUUUCAGCAUCCAAGCCAUCAGCUUCUAGAAGAAAAUGGAUUUAAACAGCAAAAGUACCUGAAGUUCCAUAAGCGUUGCCUUAAUGACCGUAAGAAAUUAGGAAUUGGUUGCAGUGAGGAAAUGAACACACUUUACCGGUUUUGGUCAUAUUUUCUGAGAGACAUGUUCAACCGAUCGAUGUAUAACGAAUUCCGUAAGCUAGCACUGGAAGAUGCAGCUGCUAAAUACAAUUAUGGGCUAGAGUGUCUCUUUAGAUUUUACAGUUAUGGGUUGGAGAAGCAUUUUAAAGAGGAUCUGUAUGAAGAGUUUGAACACCUUACGCUUGAAUUUUACCAUAAAGGCAAUCUUUAUGGCCUUGAAAAAUAUUGGGCAUUUCAUCAUUUUCGAGAGAUGCGAGACCACAAUCAGCCUCUAAAGAAGCACCCAGAGUUGGACAGGCUACUGAGGGAAGAGUAUCUGAACCUGGGAGAUUUCAAGGCCAGGGAAAAGUUGGAGAAGGCAUCAGGGAAAGAGUGCAGCAGCAGCAGCAGCAGCAGAAAUGGUGCCUCUAAUGAUAGAUCAACCAACUGUUAGUCAUGGCUGCAUGGUCUGGGAGUCCUAUGUGCACAAACCAAUCAGUCAUGGAUUAGUUUGAAUUUUGGGUGGUUGAUAACGUGAAAGUUUCGGUUUGGCUAUAGAGGAUCCAGAGGAGGCAUGCGUAUGCAGAUAUUGGAGUCCUCUUUCAGUUAGUUCACGGUGGCUGGGUCAGGAAUUCUUUUUUCCCUCCAUCCCGGAUUUGUACAUAAGGUAAAGGAAUAUAAAUAAUGACUGUAUCUGGAAUUGUGGAAAUGACAAAUAAGAGAGCUUGGAAUUAGCCAUGCUGUUUUAAAAUUCA